GUGAGUCGUCCCAGUCUGGAGAAAAAGACAUUCGGCGGACCAGUCAAGAUUGUAAAAGAAAAAGACGAAAAUGUAGGUUUAAAGGCGGAAAUAAAGCGUCUGAGGAAGAUCGUGGAGCAACAGCGAGAAUUUAUUAGACAGACGAAUGUCAUCAUUGAAAACUUAGAGGCUGAUAAGAAGAGAUUGUUGGCUGAGAACGAUUUAGAAGCAGCAGAAAAAGAGGUGAGACGAAACUCUGAGUGUCAGUGUUGUUUUUGAAUUGCUGGGGGUGAGUAGUCUCAUAGUAAGGUACGACACUAACCCUCCAUGCAGCUAUUCAAAAACAGCACAGACACUCAAGCGAAGGUCAGAUUGAACCCCCACUCAUUGAGUGUGAGUGAGCUUUUACAAUACAGGCGUUAGAAUUUAUCGGUGCAUAAUUCCUACUAAACAGGUGUUAGAAUUUACCUAUGCAAAAUUCCCAUCUAAUACAAGAUAGUGAACAAUAUGAACGUUUUUAAAUAUGAUUUUGUCGCGCUCAAAUGUUUAGCCGAGUGGGUGUUUUUCUUACUGGAAAAUUCAGAGUGUUUUUACUAAUGUUACACACACAAACCUCGACAGAGAAUUGUGAAUAAAAUAUAUGACAACAGUAUUUUGUACAGCGUGUUUCAGUUUGGUCAUCAAAAGACGCUUAAUCUGAAAUUCAGGCCCUACCGCCCUAAUUUAGAAAUGAAUAGAAGGGCAACUUGAGUAGGAACCUUUGAAGUUUUAUGAGCCACGCAUGUCAAGCAGGAAUCCAACCAGCACCCUUACUCUUGUAUACAUACAUGAACUUGUCGUUAGAGCUUGACACCUGGAUUUUGUUGUAGCUUAGUUAGAGCACUGGACCGGAACCGCAAAGUCGCAGGUUUAAUUCCUGCUAGAUGGCCUAUAGAUGCUUUUAAGAACUUGGGACUUAGUCUCCCGGGGUAUAAUUAGCCGUGCGGAAUUAGUACCCUCGCUCGGGGAUAAAGGUUAUUUGCUUUAAAAUUGAUAAAUUGUGGUUUUAUUUCUAGCAACAACUGGCAACAAGGGAAGAAACCUCAGAGUACGAAAGGUCAUUUGACGAAGAAUCGGUAAGUGUUUUGACGACAGUGAAAAACAGCUGUGUGCUGAUAAGCAACGUGCCGUAGUUGACAUAAGAUCAAUUCCGUUUGCUAUACUGUUACAUUUUGCCAUAAGGUGGCUAAGGGUUUAGAAAUUAUAUAUAUACAUAAUUAAUUAAAGUUCUCCGGAUUGAAGUAUAUUUCAAUCCGGAGAGCUUUAAUUAAUUAUAAUAUGCCUGGAUUACAAAUCUUUAAACAUAUAUAUAUAUAUAUAUAUAUAUAUAUAUAUAUAUAUAUAUAUAUAUAUAUAUAUAUAUAUAUAUAUAUAUAUAUAUAUAUAUAUAUAUACUUUAUUAACGCGACAUAAAUUAACGCAAGAUCAAAUUAACGCGGAUUGCUUCUAGGUCUUUUAAAACUUGAUUAUAUUGACGCGAAUCUGAUCAUCAUGGUUGACAAAUUAAUUAAAUUAACGCGAAUCGGAUAGUGAACUGAGUUGGGAGGAGCACUGAUGUUUUAGUUUACGUUAAUAUGCUGCAUUUUGAUAUUAGAAGAGUUAGUGUUACAGUAAAACAGAUCAAGGUAUUUUUAGCUAACGGUAAAUGAAAAUUACAUACUUAAAAUCAACGAUGGCAUAAAUUAACAUUAAUUAAAUUAACACAAAUUUUUAAAAUCCGCGUUAGUAAAGUGCAUCGUUAAUUUCCUAUAAUAAGGUAUAUAUAUAUUUUUAGAUACAGUUGUCAGAUGUUGUCAAGUCGCCGGAUGGUCGACGUCUGUUGUCUGCAGAUGGUCUCUUUGAUGAGCAG